AUGACUCAUGACGAAGCAGAAGACGAGGAAGCCUGUGAAAGCCUGCGAACGAAGCGCCCGGGUGAUCCUCUGCAGAAAGAAUCUAUAAAGAUCCGAAAGCUAGGUCAUGUGUCAGAGAACAGCACCACAGCAGGAGAGGAUGGAUCAGAGGAUCAGGAGAUGGAGGCAGAAGAAGAAAAGGAGGAAGUUUCUGAGGGUGAGGAUGAAACAGCAGAAGCGAAACAAAGUUCAGAGGAGGAGGAGGCAGAGGAGAAUAGUGAGGUUUCUGAGGAUGAAGAUGAAGCAGCAGAAGCGAAGCAAAGUUCAGAGGAGGAGGAGGCAGAGGAGAAUGGUGAGGUUUCUGAGGGUGAAGAUGAAGCAGCAGAAGCGAAACAAAGUUCAGAGGAGGAGGAGGCAGAGGAGAAUGGUGAGGUUUCUCAGGGUGAAGAUGAAGCAGCAGAAGCGAAACAAAGUUCAGAGGAGGAGGAGGAGGAGGCAGUGGAGAAUGGUGAGGUUUCUGAGGGUGAAGAUGAAGCAGCAGAAGCGGAAAAAAGUUCAGAGGAGGAGGAGGGCCAGGAGAUGAGCCGAGAUUCUGACGACGGAGAUGAUGCAGCAGGAUCAGAUGGAGACGGUUCGGAGCAGGAGAUGGGUGAUCAAGGUGUCCCUGGCCCGGAGUUGGAUGCAGUGGGGAGCUCGAGUGAUGAAGAGCAGCCAGAGGAGGAGGAAUGCCCCACCUCACCACCUCAUGUGCCUACGCCGCCGAGCAGUGUCUCAGAGGAUGAACCAGAGGAGGAGGAUAGCCCAGCUGUUGACGAACGACAGCCAGAGGAGGAAGAAUGCCAGAGCACACCGCUUCCUGCGCCGACACCAGCGAAUGAUGGGUCCGACAGUUCUUCGAGUGACUCUGAGGCGGAUGCAAAGGAGCACGAGGAAGAGGAUGGCUCAGAUGCAGCCAGUGAAUCGGGCAACACCGAGCUCUAUGAUCCCGAGCUAGGUGUUCGGCUGUCCUGGGACAACUUCAGCGAGGUUCACAAAGCCUGUAUAAAGAGCCGCCUGGACAAGAAAUCCUGGACAAUCGAGGACACACGUGACAUGAUGAUUACCUUAAGGGGACCAAAACCCGAUGGUGUGAAGAUCGAAAAGGAGGACGCAGAGAGCGCUGAUGAUGCCAGCGCCGCAGAAAGCUCAGAGGAGGAGAAGGAGGAGGAGAAGCCGGCCGCCAAGGCCAAGGGCACGCCAGAUUGGAAGCUGUCAAAUGCAGCGCGAGCGUUGAGAUCGCCGGUGCCAAAGAAGGGAGUCCGCAGUUCCAGCAGCUGGCAGAGGGACCCCACCACCAAAAGCCACAACAAAGCCGGUGACGAAGAAG